AUGGUACUUACCGCCGCUGUCGCACUUGGCGCUGGGGCUGUGGGUUUCUGGCUGGGGAGGCAGAGCCGGUCGCAGAAAGUCUUUCCGGCACGGCACACGGCAGGGAGAACUCCGCGAACCGAGGAAGAGGCCAUCUGGACACUUCGCGCGAAGGCGGAAGAAGAUGACGAGGAUGCAGUGCGCAUCCGUUUAGUCCACAUCAAUGAUGUGUACAUCAUGGACAAUUUGCCACGCUUGCGGAAAUUCUUAGACGACUGCUGCAGUGGUAUACGACGUGAGAACCUGGUCGUUUGCGUUGGAGGUGACCUUCUUUCACCAUAUCCUCUGAGCACGCUGGACAAAGGCCGAGGAAUGGUGGAGGUGAUGUUGGAGAGUGGCGUGCAAUAUGCAUGCUUCGGAAACCACGAGGCAGACGUCGACCUUCGAUCGCUGAAACAGCGGCUAGAAAGAUGGCGCGAACGAGGAGGGAUUUGGAUCAAUACCAACAUGCCGGACUUGCUGCCUGAGCUCGGCUUGCCCACGUAUGCCAGCGUCGUGGGUUUGUCAAAGGAUGGGGACAGUUCACGGCAGCUUUGCCUGCUGGGUGUUUGCACAAAGGAUCCAAGCCUUUACACAGACGAUGCAGAUUUCGGUGGUGCCAUCAGCACCGCUUUGGACUGCAAUGAGUGCAUCCGCGAUACAGCCAAAGAGCUGAUGGAUCUACACAAGCUUGAUCCAGAUGCACAGAAAGUGGAUGCGGUGGUGGCACUGACCCACCAGGACCUAGCAGUGGACAUCGAGCUCGCUACGAUGGCUCGGUCAAACGGUAUCCAUGCAGUAUUGGGAGGGCACGACCACACCGAGUACCUGGACCAGCACAAUGGUUGCGUCCUUCUGAAGACCGGAAUGGAUGCUCAGCGUGUUGGCGUGGUAGACCUGCUUUGGCAGGGAGACAAGGAUGUUCCGACGAUCGACUUUUACGAUCUCAUUCCCUUAGCCAGCUUUGCUACAAGUAGGGCUGUGAGUAAAUCUGUCCAGAAGCACAUGAGGAAGCUCUGGAAUCUGGAGCAGUUGAAGGCCCGGGUUCACCUCAGCGUUUUCGCGGAGCAGCCCGUUAUGUCCUCCAAAAACAUCCGAAAACAUCAGACGACCUUGGGCUCUUUCCUCUGCAGCGCGCUUCGGGACGAGAUGCAGGUCGACUGCGUGCUCUUCGAUGGGGGCAACAUCCGAGGAGAUCGGGACUACAUCCCCAGUACGGAGCAUUAUCUGGGCUCCCAUUGGGUGUUUACUCUCUCCGACCUGGAGCUGGAGCUUCCCUGGAGUUCAGGCAUGGUCGAGAUAGUGCUCGAUGGCGAGCAAGUCGCACGCGCUGUGCGGCUGUCACGAACGCUCAAACCUGGCUCUGGGGGCUUCCUGCAGACCGACGAGGGCCUUUGGGUCAGUCCUGAGGACCAAGCCCAGGUCACGCACAUCGCAAACGAGCAGUGGAAGAAGGACAGGAAGUACCGUGUUGGCAUGAUGCACAGCUCGCUCGUCGGUAUGAACCACAAUCCUGUCUUCGAGGAGUGGUGCAAGGCCAAUUCCAGCCAGAUUCCAAAGGAGGAUUCUUCAAGGCCUGCCAAGGAGCUGAUUAAGAAACAGCUCGCUCGGCGUGUCUGGGAUCAGCUGCCAGAAUUCCACGACAUGAACACCUCGCACUCUGGGGCGCUUUCAAAGGACGAAGUCAUUCAGGCAUACAGGAAAACGUUUUCGAAUUCUCCAGAUGCCGCUGUGGAACCUUCUGUAGAUCAGUUGAUGGCUGUAGCGGACUUUGGCGAGAAAGGGGAGUUGUCGCCGGCCAGCUACCAGGGCAUCUUCAGGUUGCCGACUUGGGUCGCCCUGAGCUACUUCACAGCGGAGCAGGCCAGAGAGCGUGCCAGUCCAUGUGAGUUGGGGUCAAAAUUAUCGUUAAUGUAG